GAAAUACGUGUGUCUCACGGCCAAUGCGUGAGAGUUGGCAGCCCUGUAGGUUACUGUGCACUGUCUCUUUAAGACAUUCAUCUUCCGAGAAAGAAAAAUGAAACUUAUAGUUCGUGCCUUUCACAGAACCACAGGCUGGACUGUAUGUAUGCUGCCCCUGACGAUAAGGUAAACUAGUGAUUUCUGCAGCACAAUGGCUGAAGUAGGAGAGCUUUUAAAUGAGUCGAAAUGUCCCAUCUGUCUGGAUUUACCGAAGGAUCCUAAAACAACCCAGUGUGGACACACUCACUGUAUGGUCUGUUUCAAUGAGUACUGGGAUCAGCAUGAUCAAAGUGACAGCUGCUGCCCUCAGUGUAGUCGGGCAUCCAUUUUACAACCUGCCACCAAGGUAACUGAAGAGACUGGAAGAGAAGAAUGUGUAUCCCCUGCAAAGAAUGAUACUCAGCUCUGCUCAAAAACCGACUUAUACCUUCACAACCAGCCACCAGUCAUUGGGAAGGACAGCCCUUCGACCCAACAGAGUGUCUGUACCCCUGUCCUCAGCGACGAGCUCAAUGUUCUCACAGAGUGUGCUGAUGGUCACCCCGAGGGGGACAACUCAGGACCCGCUUCAGAAAAGAAGUGUAAAAAGGGUCAUCGGCAUAGAAAAAAGAGUGACCCCCCCAGCACGUACAACGACAUCAUUGAAGAGAGAGAGGAGGAGCUAAAGAACCUGAAAGAGGAGAUGGAAUCUCUGAAGCGUUCCACCCUAGUUACUGUUGAGGACUGUGAGAAGUUCUUCACGGAGUUGGUGGAGAGAACGACCUCUGAACUGAGAGAACGUAUCCAAGCCCAGGAGGGGGCCAUGUUGAGGGAGGCUGAGGGUCACCUGCAAACCCUGGAGGCGGAGCUUGUAGAACUGAGAAGAGCAGAGGCGGAGCAUAAACCACUGGCUCCCAUAGAUGAACGCCCACACUUCUUCCAGAAGAUACCCAGCAUCACCUCUGCCUUUGGCACGGUGCAAAGAAGUGUCUACAGACUGCAGAAGCAACUUAAAAUGGACUUCGACAUGCAACUCAAGGAUUUCUUCUUAGAAGCUAAACUUCUGCUAGAACCUCACACGCUGUCUUCCCUUGCUGAUAGAGUAGUGGAGGAACAUGAGCUGGAGGACUACAAGGACAUAGAGUCUGUGAGGACAAAGGAGAUGUUUGCACAGAUGGAGGACAUCCUGAACCGUCUGACGCCUGAGAGAUUCCCGCAACUGAUGAGAGUGGUGGCGACCUUUCCCAUCACCACGGAGGAGAGGCUGAGGGGCAUCGUAGACCUCAUCUAUGAGGAGGCCAUCUCAGACCCUGACAACUCUGAGGCUUACGCACAAAUGUGCAAAUGUUUGCAGCUGCGUAAAGUCCCCAGCUCAGACAAACCGGGAGAGACAUUGAAUUUCCGGAAGCUGAUGCUGAAUCGAUGCCUUGUAGACUUUGAGAGGAAACACACUGAGUGUUUCAAAGAGUUUUUUGACAAGAUGAAUGCUGCCACUGAAAAGGAGCAACGCAGCCUGCAUGGAGAGAAACUGGAAGAGGUAUUUUCUGAGCUUCAAUACAAAGCAGUGGGAAACAUAAAGUUCAUCUGUGAGUUCUUCAAGCUAAACAUGAUGACAGAGGCCCAAAUGCAUGAAUUCUUAACAAAGCUGGUGAGGAGAAGGGACGCAAUAUCCAUUGCAUGUUUUUCCACUAUGCUCUCUACCAUCGGAAAGGACUUGGACCAUGGAAAGGCCGAGCCCAGAAUGGAUCAGUACUACAAGCACGUUGAGGUAAUCGUCAAGGAAAAGAAUUCCUCUGUGCCUGACAGGCAUGUCCUCUUUGAGCUUCACCAAUUGCUGAAAGACAGACAGGAGGAAGACACCAAGGACCCUGAGUUGGUGAAGACACAGGAGAUGUUUGCCAAAAUGGAAGAUAUCUUGAUACACGUGAACAGAGAGAACUUUCAACAAGUGAUGAAAGAAGUUGGGACCUUGCCUAUUAACACGGAAGAGAGAUUGAAAGGCUUCAUAGACCUAAUUUAUCAGAAGGCCAUUUCAGACCCUGACAACUCAGAGGUGUAUGCCAACAUGUGCAGAUACCAGAUGGGGCGUAAAGUCCCCUGUUCAGACAAUCCAGGAAAGACAUUGAAUUUCCGCAAAUUGUUGCUAAACUGUUGCCAGGUGGAAUUUGACAAAGACAAGACAGAGGGCUUGAGGAAGAAGCAGAAAGAGUUGGAGGCCGCUGUUGAUAAUAAGGACUGCAUACGACUGAGAGAGGAAAUAAGAGUGAUAACAUCUGAGGUUCAAGCUGAUGCUGUGGGAAACGUCAAACUAAUUUCUGAGUUGUUUAAGCUGAAGAUGGUGACAGAAGCUAUCAUGCACGACUGCAUUGUGGAACUACUGAAACGCAAGGAAAACAUUGCACUUUCUUGCGUGUCCACUAUUCUGUCCACUGUUUGUAAGGACUUGGACAAUGACAAGUCCAAGCCAAGAAUGGAUCAGUACUACAAACAAAUUGAGAAGAUUGUCAAGGACAAGAAGAUCCCACCCCAUGUUUGUAAUGAGCUUACAGAGUUGCUGGAAAUUAGACAGGGAAUUUGGAGGAAUAGAGACCAGAAGUUGUCUGGUUCUAAAUCCAUGCCAGACCGGGAGGAAAGUGGGAAGAUGACAGAAAGAGAAGAAAAGUAGAAGAAAAUGUCAAAUUGAUUCAUGAUACAUACAUACAUACAUACAAACAUACAUAUGUACAUGUAUAUACAUAUACAUACAUACUUAUAUACUGUGGCUUCAGACCAGCAAAUUGUUAAUUGGGUUUAAAUUAAUGGGGAUUUUAUCAAUUUACAAUUCUAUCUACAAUAAAAUGGGAUCAGAAAUCUGUCUGAACAGACCCUAACCCAAGGUCCUUCCAGAUCUGACUGAAGAAACCACACUGCUUUGCAAUGCUUAAGGAGACAACCAUUAUUUAGUGUUGAUGCAGUAAAGAAGAAUCUGAAUGCAGCAUUGAGAGUAGAUAAAUUAUUGUUCCUAUGAAAUGUAUAAAAUGUAUUUCUGGUUAUUGGCUAUUUUCAUGUUUUGAUUUGAUUAUUUCAUUAAAAGCCACAGGGCACCAGAGUGUUGUAAUAAUGGUACAAUAAAAACCAGUACACCAGU